AUGUCACAAGUCUCCGAUCUUGUCAAAGACUCGAAGCUCCCCACCAAGCUCGAUGCAGACCUUACAACGCACACUUUUCUCGAAUCAACGUUAGUCGCUGGCCGGCGCGGAAGACGUCGCGAGCGGGAGGAAGUCUGGAAGAGGAAACGUGACCUUGGCAUUGGCAUAUUCGGUACUAUAUGGUUGGAAGAAUGUGUCAGUGAAGGCAAGCUCCGGGCUGUUAAGGAAGUGCGCAAGUUGGUCCCAGGAUCGAGGUCUAUGGAUUAUAAUCGCGAGCUAGAAGCUAUCGCUCGUUUCUCGCAGCAAAAGUAUGACGGCUGCUUUGUGAAAUCCUCGGGCUGGUUUGAGAACACUGAAUGUCUGUUUAUCGCGAUGGAGUAUUUCUCUCUUGGGGAUCUGCAGAAGUAUAUGACACAGCUUUUUCGGGAAAGAGAAGCACAGCAGAUUACCUUCCAACUUCUCGAAAGUCUGGACUUUAUGCAUGGCAACGGGUUCACCCACGGUGACCUAAAACCUCAGGUAUGCUCCGGCCAUACGUUUACUUUUACUUCUACUUUUCCUAAUCCCGGGAAGAAUAUUUUCGUGUUAUCUACAGGCCCAAAUUGGUGGGUAAAGAUCGGCGACUUUGGGCUCAGCAAGCGCGUGAUGGAAGGAUUUACGGGUAUACAAACGUUCAAUAGCAUGCCGGCCUUUACUGCGCCAGAGGUGUAUAAGCAGUUAUGGGGUCCAUCCUCAGAAAGCGCAACGUUAGGACCAGACUAUUGCCCGAAAAUUGAUAUAUGGGGUCUGGGCGUGAUCACUUACUAUCUGCUCACUGGGAAGUUUCCUUUCUCUGGCAAAAGUGAUAUGCUCGAAUACUACAGAGGGAAUUCCAUCUUACCUUUUGACUCAUCUCAUUCUCCAGUUAGCCCGGAGGCCACGUCCUUUUUGGCGCGCAUGAUGGCUGCAAACCCGGCAGAUCGCCCUACUGCCAGAGAUGCCUUGGACCAUGCCUGGCUGAUACCAAUGCUGCAGGACGACUCACAGCCCGAAAACCCAAACAAAACUGUUCCAGCUACCAAAGACACCGUUGUGGCUACUUUAAAACCACAAACAUCAUCCGCCACCCAAGAUGUUCUGCUCUCAGGCGAGAUUGACUUGACACUCGAUGCCACGAGGAAACAUACUUUCAGAACAGAGAGCGCACAGCAAAUGCGAACCAGUCUGGGUAUCGACGGCGACACAUACAAGCAGCUCGUAGAUACCUUGAAUAAUACAAAACUGACGCCAACAACAAAUGUUAUGACAAACUCCCUUCAAACCCCCAACGGCCAUCCACCCACAGACACCCAUUCAAUCGCCCUCUCCCCAUCUAGCGACUCUCAAUCCAGUGAACCUGCCCUCCAUACUUCUCAUACUCAAAUCCCAGAAAAGCUUCCUUCUGUUGACCUAUCCUCAUAUAACCGUCGAAGAUCCGACGCAGCUCCAAUCCCAAUCUCCGACCUCUCAUACGUAACCCCUGUGCCAGGGAGUCCGACUUCGAGAAGUCCGAGCACAAGCACCAGGAAUGGAUCAGACCGGCUUUCAGAAAAGCUUAGACGGGCAUCUCGCAAUAUCAUGCCGAAGCCAAAUCGACAUUCUCAGGAUCAUGCGCCGGCUUCGCCCAGUUCUCCCAAGCCAAGGUACCUACACUUUACAUAUAUGUCACACUCACUUAACCUCUGCUGA